AUGCGUCUGUUGCCGACCUUGACUACCGCGCUCCUGUUCACAAUAAAUGUGACAGGAGCAAGCCCGGCAGCUGCUUCAGCUGGGGCUGUAUCCACACCUCUCGCAAACGUUAUGGAGGAGGCCGCCCCGACCACGGCCACUCAGCAGCAAGAGAACAAUGUUAAUCAGGCUAAUGUUGCGAAUACUUCUGCUGCCAAACCAACUGCUGCCGAACCCUCCGAAACCGCUGCAAAUACCCCUAACGCCGCCAAUGUUGCCGCACCAAACGAAGAUGAUACAGCCUCUGCUGAGCAGGCGGAGCCAACUACAACUAAGCUCCCUAACCCCGUGGAAUCGGUGGUCGGUGGCAUCAAGACAGCUCUCAACGGCGAUAAUAAAGAGACGUCCGAUGCAGCCACUGAAACUGCUGAUUCCGCUACUACAUCGGUUGAUAACUCGGCUGCCGAGCCUAGCGAGACUGCCUCUGGUUCUUCAGACACCUCAAACAUCAAGUCAGCUCCGUCUUCCAAUUCCGAUGAUGACGACGAGAACUCAGUAAAGGGUGUCCUAGGCGACUUGAAAGACACCAUCAGCAAAUUGUUCGGAGGUGAGGGCUCUGGUGGCUUGCCAGAGCUUUUGCGUGGCGUCGAAAGUCUGCUUGACCCGGCAUUCUUGGGCCAGGUUACCGACAGCUUCGAGUAUUUCGCCACUAGUUUGGCACCCCCGGUUGACAAAAAUAUUCGAACCUUGGUGAAUAAUGCUGCUGGCCUCUUGACCGAGAAGAAUACUAAGGCAAUCGGGAAUCUUCUCGACACUGCCGGUGAAGUGCUCACCCCUGAGUUCCUUCAUAAGGUGGAAAACCUUGUCGACAAUGGCAACAAUCUUCUCACUAGCAAAUUUGUCAAGAAUACCAACAACCUCAUUAGCAAAGCUAGCCCGCUCAUCGACAACGCCAGCGGGCUUCUUACUGAAAGGAACGUCAAGGCAAUUGAGUCACUUGUCACCAACGGCAACACGCUGCUCACUCCCAAGUUUGUCAAGGAGACCAACAAUCUCAUCAGCAAGGCCAGCCCUCUUAUCGAUGAUGCCAGCGGCCUACUCACUGAUAACAAUGUCAAAGCUAUCGAGUCGCUUUUGUCCAAUGCCAACAAGCUGCUCACGCCCAGCUUCAUUGAUACAACAGGCAAGCUCAUCAAACAGGCCGGUCCUCUUAUUAGCCAGGCCAGUGGACUUCUUACUGAGGGCAAUAUCAAGAAGAUUGAGGGUCUACUCGGCAAUGCUGCCAACCUGUUGACCAGCGACUUCGUGAAACAGACCUCUAAUUUGAUCGAUGGAGCUGGCGACCUUUUGACACCGGAGACCGUCAGCGCAUUGAAGGGCUUGCUCAAGGAGGUCACUCCUCUCCUCAAGCAGAUCACUCCUCUGCUGCCAGAUAUCAAGGGCCUCCUUAAGCCAGCUACCAUCAAGGCGAUUGAGAACGUGCUGAUCAACGCCAACAAGCUGCUCACCGACUCCUUCGUCAAGGACACCAAUACCCUGAUCACCGAGGCUGUCGGUCUCCUCACUCCGGACUUGAUCAAGGCUCUGAAGUCACUGCUCCGUGAUCUUACUCCUUUGAUCCCCGAGUUGAAGUCGCUGUUGACCAAGGAGUCCAUCAACUCGAUCGAGGAUCUCCUGAAGAAUGCCGGAACCUUGCUAACGCCCAACUUUAUCAACGAGACCAAGAGCCUGGUUGGCACAGCCGACGACCUCCUGACUCCGGAACUGGGCAAGGCAUUGAAGUCAAUCUUGAACCAAGUCCUUCCUCUGCUGCCCGAGUUGAAGUCACUCCUGACCAAGAGCACCAUAUCUGCUAUCACCUCUUUAUUGAGCAAUGCCAACAGCCUCUUGACCCCCAAGUUCGUCAACGAGACCGUUGGUCUGAUCGACAGUGCCGACGAUCUGCUCACCCCAACCAUCGUCCACGGGCUGAAGGAUCUUCUCAACGACGUGGUGCCUUUGGUCCCGGAUCUCCGAAAGUCGCUGCUGAACUCCACCAUCAUCACCGAUCUCGGAUACAUCGUGACCAACGCUACUACCUUGCUUACACCGAGCUUCGUCAGCGAGACGUCUGGUCUUAUCGACAAUGCCGAUGGCCUCUUGACCCCCAAGCUGGUCAGCUCGCUCAAGGACCUGCUUGGACCCUUGCCCGACCUCGUUCCCGAAGUCAAGAAGCUGCUCAAACCCUCUACCAUCUCAGAUGUCAGCGCGCUCUUGAAUAAUGCGGGUGAUCUUCUGACGCCCAAGUUCGUCAAUGAGACCUCGAUCCUGAUCGAUGAUGUUACAAGCUUCUUGCCUUUGAUCCAGGAAUUGCUUAAGGCACUGUGA